CUCUCUGCUCCAGCUCUUUCACUGUAAAUAGUUUGAGCGCUUUCGCGUGUCGUGUGUAUAUAUAUAUAAAGCACUUCCUCCUUGUAGAAGCCACUACCCAUUAUUUCCCUUCAUUGGUUUCAGUCUCUACAAUCGUUAGAAUUGGGUUUUGCAUUCUUUUGGGAGCUCUAGUGAGCAAUGCACUGAACUGGGUUUCUCUCACAUUCUUUCAAAACAAGCUGGUUAAGAUUUCCCCCCGUUUUCUAGUUCAGAAUGGCCAGUGCAAGAUUAAUCCAAUCGUUAAAUCUUCUAUUAUGUGCACUGCUAUUGCUCAAAACAGAAGGCGUUAAUGUAGGAAUUACUUAUGUCCAGGAUGCAGUAGCAAAAGGAGCUGUUUGUUUGGAUGGAAGUCCGCCAGCUUACCACUGGGAUAAGGGAGUUGGUGCAGGAAUUAAUAAUUGGUUGGUUCAUAUUGAGGGAGGUGCAUGGUGCAACAAUGUCACCACUUGCCUUGCUCGCAAGAAAACUCGUUUGGGUUCAUCUAAGCUAAUGGCCAAGGACGUUGCUUUCUCUGGCCUUUUGAGUCGAUAUCAAAAGUUUAAUCCUGACUUUUACAACUGGAACAGAAUCAAGGUUAGGUACUGUGAUGGGGCAUCAUUUACAGGCGAUGUGGAAGCAGUCAAUCCAGCUACUAAUCUUCACUUCAGAGGAGCAAGGGUUUGGCUUGCUGUCAUUGAGGAUCUAUUAUCAAAAGGAAUGAGAAAUGCUAAAAAUGCUGUUCUCUCUGGUUGUUCAGCAGGUGGAUUGACUUCUAUUUUGCAUUGUGAUAGCUUCCGAGCUCUCGUUCCUAUUGGUACUAAGGUUAAAUGCCUGGCAGAUGCUGGUUACUUUAUUAACACGAGGGAUGUUUCUGGAGCACAACACAUUGAAGCAUUCUAUAGUGAAGUGGUUGCAACACAUAAUUCAGCAAAGAAUUUGCCUCUAUCUUGCACUUCAAAAUUGAGACCGGGGCUGUGUUUCUUUCCACAAUACGUUGCACAGCAUAUCCGAACACCGGUUUUUUUCGUAAAUGCAGCCUAUGAUUCAUGGCAGAUAAAAAACAUUUUGGCACCAGGUGUUGCUGAUCCCCAUGGCCACUGGCAUAGCUGCAAAAUUGAUAUAAAAAACUGCUCGCCCAGUCAAAUCCAAACCAUGCAAGAUUUCAGGCUGCAAUUCUUAAGUGCAUUGAAUGGACUAGGCACCUCUUCAUCUAGAGGAUUAUUCAUAGACUCUUGCUAUGCCCACUGCCAAACCGAAACACAGGAGACAUGGUUAAGGACUGAUUCUCCAUUGCUGGGUAGAACAACAAUUGCAAAGGCAGUUGGAGACUGGUUUUAUGACCGGAGUCCCUUCCAAAAGAUAGAUUGCCUUUACCCUUGCAACCCCACUUGCCAUAACCGUGUUUUCGAUCCAAAAGAACACCCAGAAUUAUAGAUUUAUUAUUUCAAGAUAUAUAUAUUUUUAUGAAUGAUAGUUCUUGGUAAAAUGAGCUUAAAUAAGUAAAAAGAAAAGAAGACUGUUGAUUGGAGUCUUCGAAAUAAGCAAAGGCGCUACUUCACCAAACUUGUGUGUUGGGAGUCUUCCAUCAUUGUUUAUGUAUUAACUUAUUACUCUCAUUAUAAUAAAUGCGUUCAUUGUUGAUCUUA